AUGUCAUCAUCUGGGUCUUGUCAACAAUCUGCAUCCAUGGAUGUUUCACAAACUUUUCGAGGAAGAAAUGAUAUAGCAUGGGCACAUGUUAAUAAAGGCGUGGAUGAAAAUAGGAAAAAGAUAUUAACAUGUCUUUACUGUGGCAAGAUAAUCAGAGGUGGAGGAAUUUAUCGAGUUAAAUUGCAUCUAGCAGGUGUAAAGGGAGAAGUCGGAAAGUGCCCUAAAGUUCCUUUUGAUGUUAAAUUCAAGAUUGGAGAAGCACUAAAUGAAAUUGGGGUCAAGAAUAAACAAAAAGUUGAAUUUCGUAAGAAUGCCAACACUUAUGGAGCUAGUGUACAACAAUUUGAGGAUGAUAUGGUAGAUGAAGAUCAAGAGUGUGAAGAGGUUUCUCCAUGUCUAGCUCCAGCUCCAACUCCAGCUCCAACUUCAACUGUAAGCAAUAAAAGAAAAAAAUCUAUUGGGAUAGGUGACUAUUUUGCUUCAAGGACUAAGGCUGGGUGUCAGUCCUUAAUUAAGAGUGUUUUAGCCGGAAAAGAAGCUAAGUGGAGAGUGGACAUGGCUGUUGCAAGGUUAUUUUAUGAUUCUUGCAUCCUAACUAAUGUUAUUAAUUCAAUUUAUUUCCAGCCUAUGGCGGAUGCUACAGCUGCAAUUGGUCCUGAGUAUAAAAUCCCAACUUACCAUAAUUUGCGUGUGAAUUUAUUGAGAGAUGCGAAGAAAGAAGUGCAAUUACUUGUUGAUAGUUACAAGAAAACUUGGGAGAAUGUUGAAUGUACUUUAAUGGCUGAUGGUUGGACAAAUAAUUCACAUAGGUUGCUGAUUAAUUUUCUAGUGUACUGUCCUAAAGGAGUGUGUUUUGUGAAAUCAGUGGAUGCUUCAGAUGUUGUAAAGGAUGCUGCAACAUUGUUUGGCUUGUUUGAGGAAAUAGCUUUAUGGGUUGGACCAAACAAUAUUGUCUAUCUUGUCACUGACAAUGGAGCAAACUAUAAAGCUGCUGGAAGAAUGUUGUUUGAAAAAUAUAGCAGUAUUACUUGGUCUCCUUGUGCAGUACAUUGCAUUAAUUUGAUGUUGAAAGACAUAGCUGAGAUGAGUCAUAUAGUCAACCUUUCGACAUGUGCAUCUAAGGUUACAAAGUUUGUGUAUAAUCAUUCCUUUGUGCUAGCUUUGCUGAGGAAAAAACAGCACAAACAUGACUUGCAAUCUACAGUGACAGAUAGAACUUUUGUGGAGUGCCGAUAUGCAAAAACUAAUAAAGGCAAAGCCUUUAUUUCUAUAGUUCUAGAUAACCAGUUCUGGGAUGACAUUGGUAUAGUUUCCAAAGUUGUGAGUCCAUUGAUGCGUAUGCUCCGGAUUGUAGACUCAAAUGAGAGGCCUUCAAUAGGAUAUGUGUAUGAUAGCAUGUACAGAACGAGGACGAGAAUCAAGAAACUGUUUAAGAACAAGAAAAAUUUGUACAAGCCUUAUACAACAAUUAUCAAGAUGCGUUGGGAUAGGAUGUUGCGCCAUGAUAUUCAUGUAGCAACAUAUUAUUUGAAUCCUGCUUUUAAAUAUGACAAGGAUACUUUUUCCAAAAAACCUGAGAUCAUGUAUGGUUUUCUUGACACUAGUGACAAUAAAGCAAGUGCAUUCAAAAUUAGUAAGACAACGUUACUGGAGGAGAGUAGAUUAUAUCGAGAUCGUCUAAAAAGCUAUUCUCGUGAGCUUGCUCUUCAAACUUGCAAAACUACACGACCAGAUGAAUGGUGGAGGACAUUUGGGUUUAGUACUCCAAAUUUGCAAAAAGAAGGAGCUAUUCCUAUAGAUGGUGGUGAAUCUGGUGAUCACCCUUCUUAUUAUGACUCAACCGAUGCUUCAGAAGAUGAUGUCGCCGAUGUUAAUAAUGAUGACGAUCAUCCAUCAGGUGGUGUAUGA